AUGGAUGUAAGGGAUUUGGCCGAGGGCGGCCCGGUCGCGAGCCAGCUCAAGCUGGUUAACAGGCUGAGCGAGAGCAGAAGUCCCUACGUGCGCGGCCACAUGCACAAUCCUGUCGCAUGGCAAACGUGGGGCCCGGAAGCCCUUGACUUGGCUAGGAAGACAAACAGGCUAUUGUUUGUGAGCAUUGGGUAUGCUGCCUGCCACUGGUGCCAUGUCAUGGAGCGCGAGUCGUUCGAGAACCCGGAAAUUGCAAACAUUCUGAACAACAACUUCAUCCCCGUCAAGGUUGACCGCGAAGAGCGCCCCGAUGUCGACCGCAUAUACAUGAACUACGUGCAAGCCACCACUGGCUCUGGUGGCUGGCCGCUCAAUGUGUUCAUCACUCCGGACCUCGAGCCCAUCUUCGGUGGCACUUACUGGCCCGGCCCCGGCUCUACCACUGUUCUGGGUGACCAUCCUUCGUUCCUGGAAAUAUUGGAGAGGAUCAAAGAUGUAUGGCAAACCCAACGCCAAAGGUGCCUGGAGUCUGCGAAGGAGGUCACGGCUCAGCUUCGUGAAUUUGCCCAGGAAGGUACUCUCAGCAAGCGCGGCGAGGGUGUUAUUGGAGACGGCUUGGAUCUGGAAUUGCUGGAGGAGGCAUACACCCACUUUGCCAACAAGUACGACAAGCAGAAUGCUGGUUUCGGCAAGGCGCCGAAAUUCCCGACUCCAGCCAACCUGUCGUUCUUGCUGCGCCUUGAGCAAUACCCCGAGGCCGUAGAGCAUGUUGUUGGUGACAAGGAAUGUGUGCAAGCGAAAGAGAUGGCCGUUGAGACCCUCCGGAGGAUGACCCGUGGAGGUAUCCAUGAUCAGGUAGGCAAUGGCUUUGCCCGGUAUUCGGUAACACAGGAUUGGAGCCUGCCUCACUUCGAGAAGAUGCUAUACGACCAGGCGCAACUUCUCACCGCCUAUCUCGAUGCCCAUCUAGUGACCAAGGACACUGAGCUUCUUGAUGCCGCUCAUGACAUCGCAACAUACCUCACCAGUCCUCCUCUGCAAUCUGCAGAUGGCGGAUUCUUCUCUUCCGAGGAUGCAGACUCGCUUUACCGCCCCAACGAUAAAGAGAAGCGUGAAGGUGCUUUCUACGUGUGGACCAGGAAAGAGUUCAAGACGAUCUUGGGAGAGAAGGAUGCGGAGGUGUGCGGUCGAUACUUCAACGUCCGCGAAAACGGCAACGUCAGCCCUGAGCAUGAUGCGCACGAUGAACUCAUCAACCAGAACGUUCUAGCCAUCAACUCUACACCAGAGGCCCUUGCCAAGGAGUUCGGACUGUCGAAAGACGAAGUGAACAGGAUACUCGAAAGUGGAAGGAAGAGACUUCUAGAGCACAGGAACAAGGAGCGGCCCCGCCCAAGCCUGGAUGACAAGAUUGUCGUCUCUUGGAACGGUCUUGCUAUCGGCGCUCUUGCACGAUUCAGCGCGUUCCUUGAAGCGACCGGCUCUGACAAGGCUAGCACCUACCGCCAGGCCGCAGAGAAGGCAGUACGCUUCAUCAAAUCAUCGCUGUACAACUCUGCGGAUGCCUCGCUCAAGCGCGUAUACCGCCAAGGUCCUGGAGAGGCGCCUGCCUUUGCAGAUGACUACGCAUUCCUGAUUUCGGGUCUAAUUGACCUCUAUGAGGCUACUUUCGACGACUCCUACCUCGAAUUUGCCGACCAAUUACAGCGGACGCAAAUAAAGCGCUUCUGGGACACGGCUUCUGGCGGAUUCUUUUCCACCGCAGAAGGCCAAAGCGACCUCAUUCUACGGCUGAAGGAUGGAAUGGACAAUGCCGAGCCCAGCACGAACGGCGUCUCCGCUGGCAACCUGUACCGUCUCGGCGCUCUGCUUGAGGAUGCAGACUACACGAAGCGCGCAAAGGAGACGUGCGAAGCCUUCGAGGCCGAAAUCAUGCAACAUCCAUUCCUAUUCCCGAGCAUGCUUAGCAGCAUCGUGGCAUUGAGGCUGGGCAUGAAGAGCAUCGUCGCAACUGGCAAGGGCGACAAUGUCGAGAAGGCCGUCAGCAAGGCAAGAAGUCGAAUCUCUACCAACACGACAGUCGCGCGACUGGGCGAGGGCGCCAAGAGCGAAUGGUUACACAAGAGAAAUGAGCUGUUCAAGAACCUUGACGUGAAGGCGCCGCGUGUACAAAUUUGCGAGGGCGGUGUCUGCAAGGAUGAGCUGGAUAUGGCAGACAUGGAGAAGGCGCUGCGCGAGGUGCGGUGA